AUGUACUCUUGCAUCUGUUUCUAUGGAUUCCUACUUUACCUUUGUCCCUUUAUCUCUUCUCCAAAUGUAUAUAGUAAUCACACUAAGUGGAGUUCAUGCGGCCAGCGACGGAAAAACGACUACAUAUUCAGAAACGUUUCUCCAGACACAUACUCGAAUCUCUGUGACAAAAGCGCACGUUUUCCCCUUUCCUCCGACUCACCUACAUCGGAAAUGUCCGACAAACGACUAACCGAGAAAGAGCUGGAUGAGUACCUCGAAUUAUUCGUCGCAGAGGAGGCUACAAAGAUGACGGCAGAACUCACAAGAAAAUUAUACCGCGAAGGCGGUAUGACAGAUGCCGAUUUUCAUUUCGCCUGUAAGGGUAUGACAAAAUCACUACUGAGGAGUGUUGGCGCAGCAGAUCCCACAACAAAAAAUAUCAAGAAGGAAGUGAUGGACGCCCAAAAGUUGUUCGCAAACAAAGAAAUCCAACAAGUGCUGGACGUGGAAGAAAGGUGGGAAGAAAUAUGGGAUAACAUAGAAGCCUCAAAAAACCCACUGGAGGGAUACAAAGUCAAAAUGGAGGCAGCAAUCGUAGCGAAACAAAUGACACCCGUUAUUGCCAUCACUACCGCGACUCUGCUGGGCUUGACGGGACCACGGGCACAAAAAGCCACCGCCGACCAACGUAUUGCAGCAUGGUUGGCCAUGUUUGUGGACGAGCCCAUGACGUCACGUUUACUCGCAUACAACACGCAAAUCGCACAAACCAGUGCAGGAGGAAUGCGGCAAUGGAGAAAAGUUUUGACACGGGUCGAAGUGCCUUUGGUUCCCGAAACGGACAGGUUAGAGCACCUCAACCGCAUCACUUUCGAAAAGGCACACAGCGAAAGUCAAGCAGGACCAAGAACAGUUGAGGGCAGCGGAGUGCACCGAAAACAUCCGUGUGAUACCUACCGGGCUCCGAACAGAGACGGGUCAGAUAUCCUAGAAGGAGGCGCGCCAUACGCGCCAAUUCUCGGAGCCGACGGGACACAGAUCGGAGCACUGGACAUGGCAGGAUUCGAAGCACUCUCGGGACUCACUGAAGAAAACCUACUAAAAAUGAAAGACUUGCUUUCACAAUGCCUGAAAGAACAAAAAUUCGGACAGCGGAUUCCGAGGAAUAGCCAGAGCCAGCACGAUUACCAAAAUUCAAACGACUAUACCUAUGGUCCGGCAAAACACAACGGAAGAGGCACAGGCCAACGAAACGGUUACCGAGGAAACGCCGGAGACAACCGACGUAAGUUUUUCCGCGGAGGCGAGGCACAGGACGGGUCAAAAAACACGCCCGACGGAGCCACAGCCGACGUUUCGCAGGAGGCCACCGCACACAAGAGGCAAACCACAUUCGGUAUCGCAAGGUCAUUUGCAAAAGAAAUGUGGGGCGGUGGCAUGCGCGAGGGGAAAACAUCGAACAUCGAACUCGAUGUGAUCUACAAAGCGUACCUCCCUAAGAAACGGAUCGUUCCGUCGGACACGAUGGUGCACCUUGAUUGGAAACGCGCGCAGCAACUCAAGGCAAAGGUGCACCGUCACGGCGUGGUUUAUUUCCCAAUCUUCAUUAUGAAGCACUGGAUCGCAGGGCUUUUGGAGAAAGGGACGCGGGACUCAGCAGAAAUACAGCUGAGCAUCCUGGACUCCGCACCUUCUCCCAUAGUAGAAGAUAAGCUGCGUAAGCACUUCAAAAUGGUCUGGCCGGCUUUGCGUUUGGUGAAUAAAUUUUCACCACGUCAGGAACGCUAUAGCGACGACUGCGGUUUGUACAUGUCUGCCGUAUUUUUCGGCACGCAUCUGGACAUACAAAUCGACCAUAGCCACGACAUGGCAAAGUGCAUGCGGCGCCUGAUGUACGCGGCGUCGAAACACCACCCGCCACGCGAAUAUUUCCUCGAGAAAAUGAGGAAAAUUCUGACGAACCACCCGGUGUCACGGAAGGAUUUCUUUUACAACGAAAUCGAGCGCAGGCCGUGGUUGAAGAAAACCACGGUGAACCGUGAAGACACUUUCCACUUGGGUGGAGGCGAGAGGCGCGCAACGAAAUCCACGAACCCGAAACGGGAUUCCAGGCGCGCAAACCAGCCGAAAGCACGUGCUCCACAGCCACCUCCUCGGCAAAAGAAAAAGGAGGAAACGGUGCGCACAAAGAUGGACCGGGCUGAGCGCACAAAGCGCACGCCACAGACGCCUGUACCCGCGUCAAAAGCACCUUCCCGUAAACGUCCCGAGAGAUCCGCAAUGGAUGCUCCACUCCCACGGCGAAAAGCCGCGAGGAACAGUGACAGGAGAACACCAGCGAGUUCCUCAGGUAGAUCCGCAACAGGUAGGAAUGGAGACAAAACACGCUCUCUAAACUCGAGCGAAUUUCCAUCCGAGGAUGAGGAUCUGCCGGUGAUCGACCUCCCGCGGAGGAAGAAAAACUCCGUCACGCGUACGCCUGAGCAUGCGCCAAACGACGCCACGGUGAGCUCAGAAGGCAUUAUCCCGACGAACGUGUCACCACACGUUCAGCAUGGGAAAUGCAUUUCUGAGUGGACAGAAAUCACCCUCGCGGAGGCGAACAAACAUGCCAGAAAGGUGUACGAAGCAGUCCUGGAUCACCUGUGGGCUGCGACGGCUCUGGCGCGAGUCGGCGAUGGUGUGGCACACGGUCUGACCGACACAGCGGUGGGACAGCAACGCGUGAGGCACAAGCUGACACCACUGCAGCCUUACAGCGUCCAAGAGAUGCUGAAGCUUCUCCGAAAGAAGAUCCACAUGGUCGAUGCCUCACCGACCGACCCGAAUGGGGUGAUUCUUCGAGAAGAAUACCGAAGCGAGGAGGUGACCCUCGACUCCUCAAUCGACGAACUGUACCUUGUCCGUGGACCGUCGUUACCGACAUUAUACGACGUGAUUAAAGGAUACAGGUUUCUGCUUGGCGCAUGUCUCCGUGAGGCGCCGGCAGAUGUGAAUGGCGGGCGCUAUCCGAGCCAUUACGUUCUCACAAAGGACGCCUCGGAGGCAACGGUGGGAGUCUACGUUCCAGCGACGUGGACGCACUACCAAUCGUCGAAGAGACAGCGUGCCCCACGUCACGCGUCACGAUACAUUCCUCUUCCGCGAAGUGCGGCAUCAGAGGCACACCAGGAUCCGUCCGAUGGCCAACGGCCGCGCCUGGUGAAGAGAAAAAGAUGGCCAGGCGACGGCGCCGGAAGGGACCCACUCCAAGAGGACGAGGAGGACGGCGCGACGUACAGGACUCCAGGAAACCAGAAGGGUGAUGGAUAUGCGGACGUCGACGCGAACAUCUCGGCAGAGGCAAUGCGCGCUCUCGAAAGCCUCCGCUCCAAUCCUUUAAACAUGCAGGGCAGGCCUCUUUCAAAAAACGAAGAGGCAGAGGUCUGCCCGAGAAACUGGUUCCUCUUCGCCGCGAAACCGCCACACAUCUCACAGCUCGCAUGGAACUUGGUGAGGCCCGACACUCGCGCACACCACUUGCGAUGGUUGACGCGAAUCAAGUCGAUGAACUCGGAACAGAUGCUCAUGCGCUUUCCGGCGGCAUGCAUCGACUUGAUUCUGUCGACCGCAAGGGCCCGCAAAUGGAAGUGGGCAACCACCGCGAAGGCCUUUGCCGCGGUAGCGGGUGCGCUGCGCGACCUGCCGCUCUACUCGACGCAGACGCGGGGUAUUCGCCUUCAGGACGAUCCCGAGUGGCGAAGCGCUUUUGGCACGGUGCAGCGUUACAUGAAGGAGUCGGUGCCGGAUGCGCCUCCCUUCGUUUCGCGUCAACAGGUCGAGAGGAUCUCCAAACGGCUCCGGUUAGGCCAUCCACGCGCCGCGCUGUUCCUCGCCAUGAUGUGGGGAUUCGCAGCACGAGCGUGCGACAUUUCCACGCUCCGAGCAAAGGACGUGACGCUGUUCCCGGGUACAUCGACGGAUACAUACGUGAAGGUCACGCUGACGAUCCGCAAGGGAAAGGGUGCCAAAACACGUGGCCCAUACCCGAUCCCAUCGAUGCUAACGAGGGACCUCGCAGCGACGCUGCAGGAGAUGCUGGUCGAGAAAAAACCAUCCGAGGAGCUUUUCUCACCACACGUGGAGGAGCUGCGGGCGCUGAUCGCCCAGGAGGUGCGAACAGAGAUGCGAGGUGCACAGCUGCCCUCGAUCCGAAAAGGCGCGCUCCGUUGUAUGGCGGAAGCGGGUGUCCCGUUGAAAGACCUGAUGAUGAUUUCCGGGCACGCGAAGCAGGCCACGCUACUGCGCUAUCUUGGGUAUGGCCAGCAGCCUACGGUGGAGGCCGAGACCGCAAGGGACAACGCCGGAAGAGCGCUAUUCCAGACCCUCGAGGCUGCGGCAUCCGUGUUCCGUUUCCGAUCGCAAGAGUCAUCGUGCGCGAAUCUCGGAAUCGCACCACAGGAGGUGUCGGCCAUGGUGGACCAGAUGUCCGGUUUCAUCCAAGUGCUGACGGAGCGACCGGCACUCGUGAAGCAGUGGCCGUUGCACCUGAAACGGAACACACCACUGGACAUGGAUACCGUGCUGGCGAUGCCGACAAAACGCGCCUCAACGAAGCGGUUUCUCCAGCGAAUCCAGUGCUUUCUGGAUCCCUCCUUCUACGAUGGGUUGCGGACCUCACGGACCAUCAAAAAGUGUGCGCUCACAGCGGCAGAAAUCCAACAGGCGGUCGAGAUGGGCAAGUUCGAACCAUGCCCGAUCAGCGACAUCGGCUCCCAGGUGCAAUUGCCAGAGGGCAUGCACGGCGUGAACGUCUUCACGGUGCCGGAGCUGAAAGGACGACGACGCCUCAUCACGGAGCCCCUGCUGAACCGCGUGAUCCCCAAACAUCACGUCCCGCGCGUCCACUACGACACGCGCCUCGGAAGACGACAGCGGCUGCGAUACGCCCGUUACAUGCUACAGAUCGACUUCGAAGCUUAUUACGACGCUAUCCCGAUCGCGGCGACACUCCGUAACAAGUUCGUUUUUCGAGCCAGGCAUGACGGGCGAUACUACCGUCUUCGUACUCUCCCGACCGGCGCGCGGUGGAGCGUUGCCGUCGGCCAGGCGGUGACGUGGACGAUUGUGGACAUCGACACGCCCGUCACCAUCACCACGCUCAUCGACAACAUUCUCGUGGCCGCACGCGAAGGCCAGGAGCGUGAGUUUGUGCUCGCGGUGCGCACGGUCGUCGCACGCAUCAAGGCGGCGAACCUGAUGACGUCACCCAACCGGGACGAGCUGGAGGCGAUGUCGGACGAGGAAAUCCUGCAGCUGGCGAGUGCCAACACCGUUUUCCUCGGCGAGGAAUACACAUGGAAUGGCCGUGAGCGUCUGAUCCGCAACUCGGUGAAGACGGUGGCGAAGCUGAAGCUUGCGCUCCAAAAGACCAGCCACACCAUACGCAGUCUGGCCUCGCUCAUCUCGCUGAUCUUCUUCGCGCUCCACACCACGCAAAUGAACCCCGCACGGGCAUUCAAGCUGCUGAGAGCCUACCGAGGCCUAUACCGGCUGACGUUCCGCGGGUACGACUGGGACGACGCGGUUCCUUACAUAGACUCCUCCGUGGCGCGGUCGCUGCAGGAGAUCGGCGGCGCACUGGUGCAGAAUCCGUGGUGGAAAAUCUCGGACGAGAGACACCCAACGACGGAUGAGGCGACCUAUGACGCGGUGGCCUUCACCGACGCGUCGCUGGAGGGCUGGGGUGCUGUGCUUCACCUCCGCGACGCGGGCGCCACAGAAAUGUGGACCUAUCGGCAGCGCUGGACCGAGGACCUGGAACGGCAACUCGGCGGCGACGACGGCGAGGCGGAACGCGUCCUCGAAAAACUGCGCCAGUACCAGCUGCGUCGCCGCGUCCGCUCGGGUGGCCGGUUCGAGGACCCAGACCUGCAGGCAGACCGCUUCCAGGCGCGGUACUCGGCACACGCGGAACCACGCGCGGCUCAACUAAUGCUGCGACACCUGGUGGAGCACCACAGGGUUCCCAACGGAGCGCGAAUCGCGCUUGCCACGGACCACCGUGCGAUUGUCAUUGCGCAGAAACACCUGAACGGUUUCGGCGGCAUUGGCAGAGGCUACGCCUUGAACAAACUUUUCGAGUACACCUACGACCUCUGGUACAACAGAGGGAUCGACGUAGUCUUUUUCUACGUAGAGGGUGCGCGGAAUCCGGCGGACGCCUACUCGCGACACUUCGGGGUGGACGCGACAGGAUCGCUGGAGGUUCACCGAGUUGAACCGUUUGGCGUGCCGUUCCUCCGGCACACGUGGUGUCCGCUAUGCGAAGAGCGGCGCCGCGAGGAGGGCGGCGAGAUAUGA